AUGUCCCCUGUUUCGUCUUCGAGUUCGGCUAAUAUGCUUUCGACCACAGUGUCUGUGGCGCCCUUAGUACUCUUGUCCGUGGUGGAUCAUUACGAAAGAGUCAUGAAAUCCACUACAUCGUCAAUAUCGGGGUCAACAAAAAGAGUUGUGGGUGUCAUUCUUGGUGAUAAUACACAGAGGAAUUCUUUGAAAGUCACAAAUUCAUUUGCCAUACCAUUUGAGGAGGAUGAGAAGAACCCUGAUAUUUGGUUUCUGGAUCAUAAUUUCAUCGAAAACAUGCUUGAGAUGUUCAAAAAAAUCAAUGCUAAAGAGAAGUUGAUAGGAUGGUAUCAUUCAGGUCCCAAACUCAAAAGCAGCGACCUCAAAAUAAACGAGAUUUUCAAAAAAUUCACGCCUUCUCCCCUCUUAUUGAUUGUAGAUGUUAAUUCAACUGACAAGAUUGACAUCCCAACUGACUGUUACACCUCAAUUGAAGAGAUCAAGGAGGAUGGAUCAUCAAGUGAAAAAACUUUUAUACAUUUGCCCUCAACUAUUUUGGCUGAAGAAGCUGAGGAGAUAGGUGUUGAGCAUCUAUUGAGAGAUAUUAGAGAUCAGGCUUGCGGGAAUUUAUCAAUUAGGCUCACAAAUAAUUUUAAAUCACUCUCUUCACUCAAGGAAAGGCUCCUCACUAUUGUUGGCUAUCUGACAAAAAUAAGGACAGGAAGGUUACCCGUGAACCAUGUUAUUUUGGGUAAGUUGCAAGACAUAUUCAACUUACUGCCAAACAUUAGCGCAUUCUCUGCAGACCUUUUGGAUCAGGAAUCAGGUGAAUCGGAGAAUAAGCAUCUAACCACUGCUUUCAACGUGAAAACGAAUGACGAGCUUAUGAUUUUGUACGUAAGCAGCCUAGUCAGAUCAAUCAUAGCGUUUAAUGAUCUGAUCGAAAACAAGAUACAAAACAAGAAAUCGAAUGAAGCAAACUUAAACGAUUCAGGGCUAUCUAAGGCUAAUAACACUGAUGACAAUGCGAUGGAAGGUGUUGAGUCUGAUAGAUCUUGA